UCAAUUUAAAACAAAUCACAUGUGCGUCGAUGUUUUACCAGUUUUACUGUAAUAGAAUAGUUAAAACGCUUAAUUACUAAAAAUGCAGCAUGAUGAUGUUGUUUGGGCCAUCAUCAACAAAACUCAUUGUUCCCACAAAGUAACGACACAGACUCAACAUUUUUGUCGUAAUGAAUAUAACCUCACUGGUUUAUGUACGCGGGCCUCCUGCCCGCUGGCAAACAGCAAGUAUGCAACAAUUAGAGAAGAAAACGGUAUUAUUUACUUAUACAUGAAGACAGCGGAAAGAGUCAUGUUUCCAGCCAAGCAAUGGGAGAAAGUGAAGCUGUCACGGAACUUCGAGAAGGCCAUUCACCAAAUAAAUGAGAACUUGUUGUACUGGCCUGCCUUCAUCAAGGCCAAGUGUAAACAGAGAUUCGUCAAAAUAACUCAGUAUCUGAUUCGGAUGAGAAAGCUUAAGCUGAGACGUGUUAAAGAGAUAGUGCCCAUACAACGGAAAAUUGAGAGGCGGGAGCGAAGACGUGAAGAGAAGGCCCUUGUUGCCGCGAGAAUAGACAAUGUUAUAGAGAAACAACUGCUGGAGAGACUUAAGAAGGGCACUUACAACGACAUCUACAACUUCCCUCAAAUGGCGUUCGACGCAGCGCUGAAGGCCGAGGAGGUGUCCGACGAAAGCGAGAGCGAGAGGGAAGAGGAGGAAGAGCGAGAGGUGGAGAUGGAGCCGGAGCUGGAGAGAGAGCUGCAAGCUGUCGAGGAGACGGAUGAGUUUGUAGAGGGAGAUAGUGAUAUGGACAGUGAUGAGGAAAGUGACUCAGGUCAUAGAGAAGGCGCAGAUGUUGGCAGUGACUUUGAAUCUGAGACAUCUGAUAUUGAGGAUGUUGCUGAAAAGAUUGUUUCCAAGAAGAAGCCGCGCGUUGAAAUAGAAUACGAAACUGAAGUUCCCAGUAUAUCUAAGAAGAAAAUAAAACAUUGAUGCAUUUUAA